CUUUCUGUGAGUAACAGUUUAUCGUGAGGUGCUACUGUGCUAGGAAAACCCAUGUCCAUAUUUAUCUUGAAGCAGAUUCUGCGAAUCGUCAGAUAAUGUUCAAGCUAGGGCUAAUAUGCAUCUUGGCUGUAAGCGUGGUCUCCAUACAGAGUCUCUCACUUCUGGAGGAAACCAAUUACGUGUCAGACUGCCUGGCCAGCAAUAACAUCAGCCAGGCUGAGUUCCAGGAAAUCAUCGAUCGCAACAGCUCCGAAGAGGAUGACCUCGAGAACACGGAGAGAAGAUACAAAUGCUUCAUCCACUGCCUAGCGGAGAAGGGAAAUCUGCUGGACACCAAUGGCUAUUUGGAUGUGGAUAAAAUUGAUCAAAUUGAGCCCGUGAGCGAUGAACUGCGAGAGAUUCUCUACGAUUGCAAGAAAAUCCACGAUGAGGAGGAAGAUCAUUGCGAAUAUGCGUUUAAGAUGGUGAUUUGUCUAACUGAAAGCUUCGAGCAGAGCGAUGAGGUCACCGAAGCGGAGAAAAAUACAAACAAAUUAAACGAAUAAUCGUACUAAAACUGGUCGAGCAACUUAAA